AUGAAGUCUCUUUAUAGUGUGUCCUCCUUCGCAUCCCACCGGCGCGGAAGGAAAUGCACCGCCAAACGUUCAAAUGGAGAACGUUCCUUGUCACUUUUCGAGGUGUGGUUCAAACGGGCGGAGAAGUCUACAAAACAAAUUUCAGCUGAUCAUGUAUCUGUCUCCAUCCCUUGUCCCGGUCUUGACCGACAGCUCAAUCCCCGAAUUGAUCGAUACCUAUACCGUUCUUCUGCGACGGGUGGUGGAGCAGCCUCUCGACAAACGCUUGCCUUUAGUCUGUUCCCAGAGCAGUUUCCACCUGGUGCCGAAUUUCGAUGGGAGAUGCUAGCUCAGCGUCAACGGCGAGCAGUUCUUAGGCAAGAGGAAGUGCAGCAUGUAUGGAAGAAUAGUCGUGCCGUUGGUGCUGUCUAUGCAGUCAGAUGUACGAACACGGUGUUGUGCGUUGCUGGUGCAGAUCUGGAACCCUGUCAACCGUGUCAAGACCUUUUCCACAAUCAUUUAUUCCAAACACAGCUCAAUUCUCGCAGCCCCAUAUUCAAACGUGAUGUUGACAACGCAGACAAUCAGGAUGACCAUGCAGCAGCACGACUGUUUUCAGCGCAAGCCCUUGACUUUCAGAUGGUACACUAUCCAGACCAUAAAGGAUGUUCAAUCUAUCUAUUUGUCUGCGGGGAUAUGAUUGACGCCUGGCAAAAUCGUAACAUCACCCAUCUUGAACGUGCCCAAAUGGCUCUCCGAGCUCGCUUUUUCUUUAUGGCAUGGCGAACUCACAUCGCCAGCCACCCCGAUCACUCAACCAAUGUCCACUUCAUUUCUAGGCAGUCCUAUAACAUUUUCCUAACGCUCUGUGACUCAUUAUUGAAGCUUAUUGUCGUGUAUCGCCGAUGGUACCCAACCUAUCCACUGCUCCCAUGGCUUCAUUCAACAGAACCAUGUGAGCACGUAUUUGGUAUUCUGCGGCAGCUGAAAAAAGAUUUCACAUAUGUCGACCUUCUUUACCUCCAGCCCAAGCUUCACGUUCUUCUUCUCGGUGAUUUUAGCAACCUCACAGCCGAGGAGAAAGCAAAGCAAACAUCAGCUGGCUAUCACCAUACGUACUUCCGAGCCGAUGACCUCGACCUCUUGAAUCUUCUCGAGUAUCCAGACGACACAGCAUCAUCAAAAGCAUCUGAAGCCGCCUUUGAAGAGGCGAAAGUGCUUCUUAAUGCAACUGGCAUUGAUGCUACAACAAUGCUUGCAGACUACAAGCCGCCGCCACCACCCUUGUCCAAACCCAAGGUGAAGCCUUCACCUCGACCGGAAACCCUCCAUACAAUUAUGGCAAUGUUCCAGGCUGCAACCUUUUCUACGUCAAAGGAGGAGGAAAACAUUGGUGCCUUUGAGAUGGCACUAGCAGCAGAGAGUGUUGACAAGUCUCUUAUCACUCAAGAUCUCCCGGAGAUGACUGAUGCUGACUUCAAAAUCAUCUGCGAGUACAUCAAAGAAAGUGAACAUCCCCAGUUUGUUUCUAGCAGGUCCAGCCCGUCGUACAAACCCAAUCCAGUUCCUUAUGCAGAGAACAAGGUUCUCAACCGGGAGGCAAUGGUUGAACACCGUAUCCAACACCAAACCAGGGAGGCCGAAGAAGGCCUUCGUCAACUUGGACGAGAGUGGUUGGCACCACCUCAGGAGGAAACACUAUCGGUUAACCUCCGGCGUCGCUUGAAACUACUCGCAUCAGACAAACUCUCUCGUGCUACUGCGGGGAUCGGAAGACAAGUUCGUCAUACAGGAACCUUUACAACUGCGUCAGAGGCACCUGCAGCGCAAUCUAAUAAAGAGGUCUCUCGUGAGGUUGCUGCACAGAAAUUUCUUCAACACCGUCGAGAAAUAUUUGCUUGUGUUCUCAAGAUUCACGAAGGCAUUCAAGAUGUGGAUAUCACUGAGAUACAACCCCUUCGUAAUGGCCAUUUUAUCCUGGCCUUGAAGAAUCAGACACAGAAGGAGCAACCUCAACUUGUUCUGGGUGAAGUCAUCGCGAUGUACUCAAAAGGGAACUACAAAGGUGCUCGCCAUGAAGAUGUGUCUGAAGUUAAAAAUGUCGGGGUGCUAUCUUACAUUUACGUUCGCACAUAUACGCUCCUUGGCCACAAUACGUUUACCACCAUGUCCUGUCCUCAGCUGAACUCAGAAACAUUCCUUCAGAUCCCCAGGACGCAUCUCCUCCUUUCACUGGCAUCAUUUUCGAUCAACAAACAACCACUUGCAACUAGCGAAUUCAGUAUAAUCAUACUCGACUCUGCGGCGACUGCUCUGCACACUCAGCACUCUCGCUCAAUCAUUGGAAUCGGUCAAGCCGUUCAACACCUUGUCCGUGCCGGACGCAGCAGAGGAAGCGGAGUAGCCUUAGCGUCAGCUACACGUUCUGUGCUAGUUGAAGCAGAUGGGCAGGCUGGUGCCGAGGACUCGGACGCCUCGCAAGAGUAA